GAUCAUAUAUUAUAUGUUUAUUGCGUGUGAACAUAAUGAGGGUUUUAGUGACCAUCCUUGCUUACUUCCAUUAUAUAUUGUAUUUUUAUGGUGCAGGUUUGACAGGUCUUUGCAACAGAACAACUACAACAAGUACGCCUUUAUCUUCUACGAAUAGUGACAUUACUUCCAGUAAGGCGGCUGAUUCCCCUACAGAAGAAAGGACAAUUACCAGUUCUGCACCCAACCAUACAAGUACAGCUGUAUCUUCUACCAAUGCAACUAAUCAUACAGAAAAUACAACAGUUUCCAACACAGCCAACAGUCAUAUGAUAUUAUCUGAAACAUCCAAAUCACCAACAAGCCCAACAGAUAGUAAAGCACAACAAAUUGAUCACGAAAUAUUUAUAAUAAUUGGCUGUUCUGUUGGUGGAUUAGUGUUGAUAUUAUUAAUACUAAUAACUGUGUGUGUUGUAUUCAGAAUACGAAGAAACAAAGCCAUUUACCAUCAUCAGAAUCUUGAUGUCCGUGUACACAUUAACAAUACUACUCCACCUUUUUUCGUACUGGAUGGUCCUGUCUUAAAUAAACAGGACCCGGAUGAUAAACAGGGUGAUAUCAGUCUCAAUCCAUCUCCCAUGGCAGCCAGAAAUAUACCAGAAUGUAUGGUUGUUAAUAAAAAUGGAAAAAGAUUUAAUGUGGCUGGUGGGAAUCCACCUAAUCAAGUAACCAAGAGGGAGGACACUGAUGUGUCAGAUGUGGAAAUCCUAGAAAAUGAUCUGUACAUUCCAUACGAGUUAUGUAACAAUCCAGAUCAUCCUGGUCCAUCUCCAGCUAAUGUUACAUCCACAGAUCGGGCAUCUGGAGAAAUGGAAAUCCUAGAAAAUGAUCUGUAUAUUCCAUAUGAGUCAUCCAACAAUCCAGAUCAUCAUGGCGCUUCUCCGGGUAAUGUCAGUCUCAAUCCAUCUCCCAUGGCAGCCAGAAAUAUACCAGAAUAUGCGGUUGUUAAUAAAAAUGGAAAAAGAUUUAAUGUGGCUGGUGGGAAUCCACCUAAUCAAGUAACCAAGAGGGAGGACACUGAUGUGUCAGAUGUGGAAAUCCUAGAAAAUGAUCUGUACAUUCCAUACGAGUUAUGUAACAAUCCAGAUCAUCCUGGUCCUUCUCCAGCUAAUGUUACAUCCACAGAUCGGGCAUCUGGAGAAAUUGAAAUCCUAGAAAAUGAUCUGUAUAUUCCAUAUGAUCCAGAUCAUCAUGGCGCUUCUCCGGGUAAUGUUACAUCCACAGAUCGGGCAUCUGGAGAAAUGGAAAUCCUAGAAAAUGAGCUGUACAUUCCAUAUGAGUCACCCAACAAUCCAGAUCACCAUGGCGCUUCUCCAUCUAAUGUUACAUCAUCAGAUCGGCUAUCUGGAGAAAUGGAAAUCCUAGAAAAUGAUCUGUACAUUCCAUAUGAGUCACCCAACAAUCCAGAUCACCAUGGCGCUUUUCCAUCUAAUGUUACAUCCACAGAUCGGCUAUCUGGAGAAAUGGAAAUCCUAGAAAAUGAUCUGUACAUUCCAUAUGAGUCACCCCACAAUCCAGAUCAUCAUGGCACUUCGUCAACCAAUGUUAAACUAACAGAUCGGGUAUCUGGAGAAAUGGAGAUUAUGGAAAAUGAUUUAUAUGUUCCUUUUGAGUUAUCCAGCAAUUCAUAUCAUCGUGUUGCUUCACCAACAGAUCGGGCAACCGGAGAAAUGGAAAUCAUGGAAAAUGAUUUAUAUGUUCCUUUUGAGGACUCGGCUAUUAAAAUUUCGACACCUUUGAAAAAUGAAAUAAAAUGAAAUGGGGUUCAACAUCCUACUGUUCUUGUCAUACUGGGCUAAUGAAUAUGGACCUUUGAACAGUACUGUGAAUGAUAGUAAUUCUGAAAUUGGGACUAAUCAAGACUUUGCUACAUCUGUAAAUCCUAGAAAAUGAUUUAUAUGUUCCUCUUAAAAACUCUGAUAACAGUAUAUAAAGGAUUGUAUGUCUUCUUUUAUAUCGACCAUUACCGUGUACAAGGUGCUUGCUUUUUUUUUUGGUGUGGGGGGGGGGAGAGAGAUUUCGACUCAUAUAGAAUUACAAAUUCUUUAGUAAACAUUAGCGGCCACGGUGGCUAAGUGGGUAAGACUCUAGCUCGCUAGCCUGAAAGUCGCGUGUUCGAUCCCUGCAUUGGUCGAGAAAGUUCAUCGGGAUUUUCCGGUGUGGUUUCCAGGACGGACGUCAAAAUACUAUAACUGUGUUAUCUCCCUUUAACAAUAUUGAUCAACUCUAAAAUUACUUACUAUACCGAAAUAUAACAUUAUGCGAAGAAUUCUUUGUAAAAAGGAGAGAUAAUAUAUUCUCCCUGUAUAUUUAAUCGAUAUAUUAAUUGUAUAUUUUAUCAAUAUAUUGUACAUAACAUGCCAGUUUAAUAAAAACAAUAAUUGUAAAAAGUGGGCUAGCUAGGACCCCGACUAGUAAUUAUCUCCCUUUGACUUCAAUGUUAAAACUACAAUUUCAUAUUUUUAAGUUAUAUUUUUAAAAUUUAUUGAAAUAAAGCCUUAA